CUGCUCGCGCGCUCACAAACAUUGCAGACGGUUUCGGUGGCGCGAGCUGGAACUAUCCACUUACGCCUCUUCUUCUUUUAUGUGCUUUAACUGCUUCUUUAAAUCGUCGAGGGAAUCUCUUGACCUCCGCCGUUGGGUUUUUCAGUUUGUUUUUGUUUUAUUUUGCGGACAUAGUCAAAGGAUUGUUUUGUGAUGGGUGGUGGAAACGAAUCACGGAUUUUUGUUCUUUUUAUGGAGAGACCAAAGUGAGCAGAUUUCCUACUGCUGAAAAAAACAAGUUUUGUCUUGACAAGAAGCAAAUGGUGGAAUAGAGGAUUCUUUAGGGGCGAAGGAUACUCACUCCAGAGAAUAACCGAAAUCGUAAAAAAAAAAAAAAACACUGUUUUCCAAACAGAAAAGGGGGUCUCGCGCACAAAAUUGGAUUUUACAUUUUGGCUGACUGACGCAGCAUCGUUUUGGAGUAUCUUAUUUCGGAGAUGUGCAACCUUUUACUGUACAUUACAGGGGGGAGCAACUAUAUCAUCUAAAUCAAAAUUGGACCAGGCUAAGUUAUGGAGAUGCCAAUGAAAUAAAACCCAUAUCUCCAGGUCAAAUGACCGCUUCCGCUCGUUCUCCAAUCUGACCACAUUAUUUAUGACAUGGAAAAACGAGGACCCCACAGCGUCCUUUAUUAUUUGAUUCUGAAUGCACCUUUGCUAUUCUGUGUAAAUGCCGCAUUUACUGAAGUGCCCAAAGAUGUGAGUGUCAGUGAGGGCGAGGACAUUGAGAUGCCGUGCGCUUUUCGAGCUGUCGGAGUCUCGCCGUUCUCUCUGGAGAUUCAAUGGUGGUACCUCAAGGAAGCAGCCCCUAAAGAGCUCGCACACGAACUGCAAAUUAGCGCUCCGGUCAACAGAGCCAAGGUUGCCCACAGGGACGCCACGAAAAUAAGCACGGUGAGAGUCCAGGGCAAUGCCAUUUCCCACAAGCUAAGCCUAUCGGGUGUGCGGAAGGAGGACGAGGGAGUGUACGAAUGUCGGGUUUUGGACUUGUACUCUGACGAGUCUCAGGAAUACAAGGUGCAGGCCACUCUGCGCGUGACCCCGCACGAGGGGAUGCUGGCCGAGGAGGCCGUGUCUCACAUCCAGAAUCGGUGGCCACUGAGGAACAGCAACACGGCGACGGGUGAACGGGCCACCUCUGAGCCGGGUCAGGGAAAAACCCGCGUGCCUCCGCCUGUCGGAAUUGGACCCGCUCCCGCCUCAACGACUAAAGCUGCCUCUGCAGUCAAGUCUUCAGCCUCGCCUCAGCCGGGCAAUUCAUCCAUCCUGAGACAACAGCACGGUUCCGGUUCCGGAACAAUGGCAACCACUGAGCCACUACUUUACAUCACUCUGCUGAUCCUGCAUAAGCUCCUCCCCUUCCUGUUUGCCUACUAAGAGACCACAGCCAAACAACUCGCAAUGAUUUCACUUUAUAUACCAAACGACAAAGGAAAGAUAUAACUACGUAUAUAUAAAUAUAAAUAUAUAUACACACUGUAUAUAUAAAUAUAUCUACCAUUAUGGCACAUCACACAGAGGGAUGGGAUGUGAAAAACUAAUCAGCAUAUGACUUGGAGAAAAUAAAAAUAUCGAAGUAAUAAAGAGAAGGCCAUGUUCGAUUCUGGGACUUGUGUAGAUGAACUAUCUCACAUUUGGAUGUAAAAUGGAUUCUAUAAGAAGCAUGACAAAAACAAAAUAUUAUAAAAAAAGGAGUCUAUGUGAUUUAGAGCUUCACAACUGUGUCCUACACACAACUUACAUCCAUAAAACGUUGCAUCCAGUUUCCAAAAAAAAAAAUGGCAAAAUAUUCUCAUAAACGGAAUGGAUAAUAUUUUCAUGUGGGCUGGUUUGAAGAGUGACAAUGUAAUGCAUAUUCAUCUAAUGUUUUUUUGUAAAAGAAAUUGUUAAAUUACAGUUAUUUGAUUUAAAACUGUGAAUCAGAACCAAGUGAUUAUUACAGUCACUUGAAAAGAGAAAAACUUUAUUUAAUAGCAAUUUCACAUCUAAUAACAUUAGCAUAAGUACCUGUUUAUAACGUCUCAUAAAACUAGUGUUUGCCUUGCUAAAUGCAUGGCCCUCUUUAUUUAUUUUAUUAAAUUGUUUUAGUUAAAUUUGUUUUCAAGUUAAUACGAUUUAAUUUAUGAUUGUUUAAUUUCAUUUAAUCAUUGUUCUAUUUUUACAAAGGACAAGGUCACAUUUUCAUAUCUCAAUAUUUGUAUUGUUUGCAUGAGCUGUUCAGCAGUCUCAUUUCUCAAAUCAGAUAUGUCAAAGAAGAUGCUCAAUCAUGUCAAGACAAUGUGUACGGUAAUACUGUGUUUCCUCACAUCUGACUUUUGAGUUCUCAAACAUUAGUCUCAUAAUGUAUAAAAAUGCAACCUUAUAUAUUUUGAUCAAAUAGAGCACAUGUUACCAUAGUUGUUGUUAGUCACCUCUAAUAAUGUUUAUUUUUAUUAAAGGUAUGGUAAAGGUAAGACAUUCAUUUAUAAAAUUUUAAAAGAUAAAAAAAAAAAUAAAAACAUUGGUACUGUAUG